AUGAAGAUUUUGGUAUUGGUUUUCUUGUGCCUCUCGUCCCCUAUGGGUACAUUGGCUCAAGGAGGGGUGGGUCUGAUAAUAAGCAAAUCCCUUUUCGAUCAAAUGUUGAAGCAUCGCAACGACGCAAAUUGCCCUGCAAAUGAUUUUUACACUUAUGAAGCUUUCAUAGCUGCUGCUAACUCCUUUGGAGCUUUUGGAACCACAAGCAAUAAUGAUACUCGAAAAUGGGAAAUUGCUGCCUUCUUGGCUCAAACAUCUCAUGAAACUACAUGCGGAUGGGCUUCUGCACCUGAUGGUCCAUAUUCAUGGGGAUAUUGCUUCAAGCAAGAACAAGGUAAUCCACCGGAUUAUUGUGUUGCAAGCCCGCAGUGGCCAUGUGCUCCUGCAGGAAGAGCCAUAGGGUCUGAUUUGCUAAACAACCCAGAUGCAGUUGCAAAUGAUCCCAACCAUUUCAUUCAAAACUGCAUUAUGGUUUUGGAUGACACCACAAGGACACAUCCUACGUGCCACGAUGCAAUCAGUGGGAGACGGACACCCUCGACCGCAGACUUAAAAGCUAGACGAAGGCCUUGUUACGGUGUCGUUACCAACAUCAUCAAUGGCGAAAUUGAAUGUGGUAAAGGUUUAAACCCGCAAGUGGAAGAUAGGAUUGGCUUCUACAAGAGAUAUUGUGACUUACUUGGAGUUGGCUAUGGCCCUAAUUUGGACUGUUACAGCCGAAGGCUCGUUGAUAAGUGUGUUUUGCGCACUUAA